AUGGCCGAAUUGGCAGAGCCCGUCGUAUCUUUUAUCAUAGAAAGGCUCAGUAAUCUAUUGAUUGAGGAAGGCAAGCAUCUACAUGGAGCGAGCGAUCAAGCUGAGCAACUUCAGUCAGAGUUAAAGCUGAUGCAAGGCCUGUUAAGAGAUGCUGAUGCAAAGCAACGUGACGAUGCUGUAAUUCGUGAGUGGAUUUCACAAAGCAAAGAUCUUGCAUAUGAAGCAGAAGACUUGAUCGAAACAUUUGCAUUCAAAGUUGGAUCCAGAAGGGGAGGUGGUCUUGUAAAUGUCCUUAAACGAUACACUUGCAUCUUCAAAGAGUGCUAUAUGAGGCACAGAGUUGGAGUAGAUAUUCAGGGCCUCAACACUAGAGUUUCUAAUCUCACCAGUUGUUUUCGAGAUUAUGGGAUAAGAACAAUAGUGGAGAAGGAAGGUCCAAGUUCGAGGCAACUGCAAUGGAUCAGGAGGAUUUAUCCCCAUGUUGAGGAGGAGGAUUUUGUUGGCUUGGAGAGAAAUGUCGAAGUGCUGGUUCCGAAGGUGGUAAGUGAAGAUGGGACAAGCCACUAUAGAGUUGUUUCUAUUUGUGGGAUGGGUGGUGUGGGGAAGACAACUAUUGCCAGGAAAGUGUAUAACCACCCAAAUGUGAGGCGUCAUUUUGAUAGGUUUGCCUGGUUUUGCAUAUCACAACAAUGGCAAACAAAAGAGAUUUUGCAAGGGAUCUUGGUUAACCUAAUUCCUGAAAAGAAAGAUGAGAUUGUGAAAUCCUGGAGUGCUGAUGAACUAGUCAGGCAACUUUACCACAUCCAGAAGAAUAAAAGAUGUCUGAUUGUUCUUGAUGACAUUUGGUCCUUUGAUGCUUGGGAAUGCAUAAAAAGUGCCUUCCCAACUAGAGAGAAGGGAAGCAAAAUAUUGGUUACUACUCGUAAUAAAGAUGUGGUGAUACGCAUGGAUGCUUUUCACCAUGAGCCUCGACUUUUGUCCUUUGACGAAAGCUGGGAACUGUUUCAAAAGAAAGCACUAGGAGAAAGAUAUAAUCAUGAGGGUCCGAUCCCUGAAGAACUGGCGCAAAUUUCAAAGAAAAUAUUAGAUGGAUGCGGAGGCUUACCAUUGGCUAUUAUUUUAUGUGCGAGGAUGUUAAGAACUGCAAAAGAAGAUGAGUGGCUUAAGGUGCUUCAAAGUCUUCCUAAGACUAAGAGCCGCUGGAUGUAUGAAGGUCCUCAAGGUCUUGAUUACCUAUGGUCAGCUUACUGCGCUUUGCCACUGCGCCUUAAGGCGUGCUUUCUUUAUUUGGGAAACUUCCCAAACAAUUCAAGAAUACAAGUAGAGAAGUUGUGCCAGCUUUGGAUUGCUGAAGGUCUGAUAUCAGCUGAGGAUAGGGCAAGUGAAGAAACAAUGAUGGAUGUUGCAGCAAAAUAUUUCAGCGAAUUGGUAGUAAGGAGCUUGGUAACUCUGGAAGAAGAUGAAGUGUCAGACUUAAGGCUCAUGUCCGGCCACGUUCAUGAUCUGAUAAGAGAUCUCUGCAUAUCGGUUGGGGCAGAGGUAGAAUUUUUUGAGAUCAUGGAAAGAGAGGGAACUUCCUAUUAUCAACGACAAAUGAGGUCAGAGGCACAAAGAUGUGCUAUAUAUUUCAAUAGAUAUUACAACGUAUCUGAUGUUUUCCCCUCUUAUAACCUUCGGUCUCUUUUAUGCCUCAACUCUGAACAAUCAGGGCAAGGAUCUAGAUGGCCACGGGGACUUUUUAAUUUCAAAAAACUCAGAUUGCUAAGAGUUCUGGAUUUUGACAGAGUUAGUUUUCAGGAUGGAUAUCUUCCUGAGGGAGUAGGAGAGUUAGUCCACCUGAGAUACUUGAGUUUUCGAGGAUGUUACCUGGAGCAUUUACCAUCACAUAUUGCCAACCUUUUGUACUUGCAAACCCUCGACCUAAGGGUUCAAAAAGAUUGCAUAAUGACCAUUUCAAAUGUCAUUUGGAAGCUUGAGCGAUUAAGACAUCUGUAUUUCCCUCUAGCAUUUCAAACUCCUGAUCAUCGUGGAAUGUUGAAACUAGAUAGCUUGAAACAACUAGAGAUACUUGAGGGAUUGAAUACAAGUGUGUGCAGAGCAAAGGACCUCAUAAAGCUGACCAACCUUCGGAUUCUAGCAGCAACUGCAGAAGGAAACCUCGAGGACUUGGAGCUCAUCAUCCGCUACAUAGGCAUCAACUCAAGCCACCUGAAGAGGACAUCGCUUGACAUUAAAAAGUUUGAUUGUUACUCUGAGGAACGGCUGUCUUUCAUACAAAGAUUAUUCAGCUGUCCUGUUCUUGAUACUCUGCAAAUAGAAGGGCACAUAGGAAAAUUGUCAGACAUUGGUACAAUCUCUGGAAGAUUUACUGAGAUUGUGUUAAAUGGUUCUGAACUUGAUCACGAUCCUACGCCAACACUGGAGAACCUUCCCAACCUGAGGAUCCUUGUCUUAGAAGUCGAGGCAUGCUUAGGAAAGAAAUUGCGGUGUUCUGAUACAGGUUUUCCUGAACUCAGGAGUUUAAAGCUCUCCAAGUUGUACAACUUAGAAGAAUGGGAGGUGGGCAAAGGAGCAUUGCAAAAGCUUUCUACUUUAGAGGUUUCCAUGUGCAGGAGAAUGAAAAAGCUUCCUGAGGGAUUACGAAGUAUCAUUACUCUUAGAAAGCUGAAGAUCAGCAUGAUGCCACAACAAUUCUUAGGCAGGCUACAAAUGAAGAAUGGCGGCACAGGAGGAGAAGAUCUUCACAAAAUCAACUCGAAGUGUUCCGUGGAAUUUGGAAGUGAUGAUCCUUGGCUUGAGUCCACCAAUUCAGCAAGUCAGCAAAACAAUUCCUUUGAUGGCAGAAUCACCGAAUCUCAGGCUUCAAGUUCAACUCAUAGUCCAAACAUAACCGGAAGUUUUGCAUGCUUACCAGAAACUGAGAGGGAAAGAGAUGUUUACCUUCAAUUAUCCCAGUUGAGAAAAUGUACCAAAUUGUGAACUUUCAUCUCCACUUUAACUUGCUUGUGCCCUGCUCCAACAUUGUGGCAUGGCCAAGGUAUGCUCUUCUCAGAAGUCAGACCGGAGAAGAAAGAUGGAUAUCGGUCAAGCUCAAGCUCCAGACACUGUCAGAAGUUCAGUCUAGACUCCAAGAAACGAAUUGAAGGAGGAUGUUUACCUUAACGAGAGUUGCACUAGCCAAUCCCUGUUCUUGAGGAAAGGCUUCUUUCUUGCGCCGUAAUCUUCAAAUCACUCACCAAAUGCCCUGCUUCAAUAUUUUGCCAUUGGUUAAAUGAGUUUUCAAUUGUUAAUUUGAACUUUAUCAUGUCAAAAGACUUUCACUUAUGAAAGCUGUAUUCUGAAUUUCUGUUGUUGUAUUUCUAUGUAAUAGUAAAUGAGCUCAUUUCCUGUGACAAUCUCUUCAUUGAGUGUGGAUUAGGCUCUUCUUUGCAUGAAUAAUGUUGGCCAUACAAUCUCAUUUUUU